AAUUCUAUUGUAUAGUUUGGACUUGCAUUGCAUUUCUCUUCCUUCAUUGUACCCGUCACCGGAGCUACUUUCUCUGACCGAUCACCAAACCCAAAUUCGUAAUUCCACCAAAACUCCAAGGUCCAUUUCCGAUUUCGCAUUAGCUAACCGUUUAUACACAUUAAAAAAAAAAAAAAACGUUUCGAAACAUUUCCGUUUUUCUCUUCAGCUCACAACUCUCUCUCUCUGUCUCACAUCGCAGAGAGAGAUCGCUUAGAACCCUAGCUAGGGUUUUGGAAAUUUCACAGUUUUGAGUACCUGAAAAUUGUGUAUAUAUGAGAUCCUCGGCGACGAAGUCGUAUUUCUUGAUUUACUUAAUUCUCUGCUCGUCUUUGAGCUCCAUUCAUGGCGCGGAAGAAGCAGCGAAGAAGAACAAGUUUCGUGAACGAGAGGCCACCGACGAUGCACUUGCUUACCCCGAUAUAGAUGAGGAUGCUUUGUUGAAUACACAGUGCCCUAGGAAUUUGGAACUAAGGUGGCAAACUGAAGUCAGCUCUAGUAUAUAUGCGACCCCUUUGAUCGCCGAUAUCAACAGUGAUGGAAAGCUUGAUAUAGUGGUUCCAUCUUUUGUUCAUUACCUUGAAGUUCUAGAAGGUUCUGAUGGAGACAAAAUGCCAGGUUGGCCUGCUUUCCAUCAGUCUACUGUGCAUGCCAGUCCUCUCCUGUAUGAUAUUGACAAGGAUGGUGUAAGAGAGAUAGCUUUGGCAACCUACAAUGGUGAAGUGCUCUUUUUCAGAGUGUCAGGGUACAUGAUGGCAGAUAAAAUAGAGAUACCUCGUAGAAGAGUUCGUAAAAAUUGGCAUGUGGGUUUGAAUUCUGAAACAGUGGACAGAUCACAUCCAGAUGUUAAAGAUGACCUGCUUGUCAUGGAGGCAGCUGCUAAGAUUUCCCAAACAAAUGGGAGUAAACCUGAGUUGAAAGUUCCAGUAACUAAAUCAACAGAAAGUCAUCCUGGCAUGGUGAACACAUCCAAUCCAGAGAAUGAAAGAAAAAUGAAUGGAAGUCAGAUCAGUACACCUCCAUUGAACACUUCAGAUACAACGUUGACAGAAAGUCACGUUGGCAUGAUGAAUGUGUCGAAUUUAGAGAAUGAGCAGAAAUUAAAUGAAAGUAAAAUAGAAUCCAACAUCAAGCUGCCUACGAGUGUAGAUAAUUCUUCUACAAACACUGGGUCAGGAGAAACUGCACAGAAUGGGACGAACACUGGGUCAGGAGAAACUGCACAGAAUGGGACAAACACUGGGAGACGGCUUCUGGAAGAUAACUCAAAAGGAUCACAUGACAGUGACUCUAAAUCAACAGAUAAUAGUAAUGAGGAUCCUCAUGUUGCAACUGUGAAAAAUGAUGAAGGUUUGGAAGCAGAUGCUGAUUCAUCCUUCGAAUUAUUCCGUGAGAGUGAAGAGCUAGGUGAUGAGUACAGUUAUGAUUAUGAUGAUUAUGUUGAUGAUUCUAUGUGGGGAGAGGAGGAAUGGACUGAAAGGGUACAUGAGACAGUGGAGGAUUAUGUGCACAUUGACUCACACAUCUUGUGCACUCCAGUCAUAGCAGACAUUGAUAAUGAUGGGAUAUCAGAGAUGAUAGUUGCUGUUUCUUAUUUCUUUGAUCAAGAGUAUUAUGCUGACUCAGAACAUUUGAAGGAAUUGGGUGGUAUUGAUAUUGGAAAAUAUGUGGCUGCUGAUAUUGUUGCUAUCAAUCUUGAUACGAAGCAAGUUAAGUGGACUACAGAGCUAGAUCUAAGUACAGAUACUGGAGACUUCCGUGCCUAUAUAUACUCUUCUCCAACUGUUGCUGAUUUAGAUGGUGAUGGGUAUAUGGACAUUCUUGUUGGAACCUCCUUUGGCUUGUUCUAUGUCUUGGAUCAUCAUGGCAAAGUGAGAGAAAAGUUUCCUCUUGAAAUGGCUGAGAUUCAAGGAGCUGUUGUUGCCGCUGAUAUCAAUGACGAUGGCAAAAUUGAACUAGUGACUGCUGAUACACAUGGAAACGUUGCUGCUUGGACUACAAAAGGAGAGGAAAUUUGGGAAGCACACCUUAAGAGUCUGGUUCCCCAGGGGCCCACUGUUGGCGAUGUUGAUGGUGAUGGCCAUACUGAUGUUGUGAUUCCAACACUGUCAGGGAACAUAUACGUUCUGAGUGGCAAGGAUGGGUCAUUUGUUCGUCCUUAUCCGUAUAGAACUCAUGGCAGAGUGAUGAAUCAAGUUCUUCUCGUUGAUCUAAAUAAACGUGGUGAGAAAAAGAAGGGGCUGACUCUUGUUACAACAUCAUUUGAUGGUUAUUUGUACCUUAUAGAUGGGCCUACUUCAUGUGCUGAUGUAGUUGACAUUGGUGAAACCUCAUAUAGCAUGGUCUUGGCAGAAAAUGUUGAUGGUGGAGAUGAUCUUGAUCUUAUUGUGACAACCAUGAAUGGCAAUGUCUUUUGCUUCUCUACUCCUUCUCCUCAUCAUCCUCUCAAGGCAUGGAGAUCAACUAAUCAAGGCAGAAACAAUGUGGCUAAUCGGCAUAACCGCGAAGGUAUCUAUGUUCCGCAUCCAUCAAGAGCUUUCCGUGAUGAGGAAGGUAGGAGUUUCUGGGUGGAUAUUGAGAUUGUUGAUAAAUACAGAUUCCCAUCUGGGUCUCAAGCACCUUACAAUGUCACAACAACCUUGUUGGUUCCUGGUAAUUAUCAAGGUGAGAGAAGGAUAAAGCAAAAUCAGAUCUUUGACCGUCCUGGGAAGCAUCGAAUAAAGCUUCCAACAGUUGGGGUAAGGACUACGGGGACUGUUUUGGUGGAGAUGGUUGACAAGAACGGACUGUAUUUCUCAGAUGAUUUCUCCCUCACAUUCCAUAUGUAUUACUAUAAACUGCUGAAGUGGCUGCUCGUCCUCCCAAUGCUUGGGAUGUUUGGUGUGCUCCUCAUCCUUCGUCCACAGGAGGCCAUGCCUUUACCAUCGUUUUCGCGGAACACUGACCUGUGAUGAUUCCCUUGUAUGAAAACCCCAUCCCUGCAUAAAGAUAAUGUGCGAUAGUUUUCCUGAACAGAAGGCCAGAAACUUAGGUGAUUAAAAAUUAGACACACAGGCAACAAGUUUUGAUGUUGAGCUUAGAUCUGGCUAAAAAUGCAGUGGGCCUGAAUUCAAUUUAAUUUGAGUUUUGAACUAUAGAAAGCCGGAAAUGUAAAAUAGUCAGAUUUUGGGUAAUGGGCGAUUGAAUUUAAUCCCAAAUGAUAUCUUAGCUCCCA